AUGCUCGCGCCAGCUGCAGCUCAGGGCAAAACGACAACCACGGAACGGAUGCUGUACUAUAGUGGUGUUACAGCACGUGUCGGCGAUGUCGACUCUGGAAACACAGUGACUGACUUUCUCGAGCUUGAGAGAGAGCGAGGCAUCACGAUCCAAUCGGCGGCCAUCACCUUCAACUGGCCCCUGCAGGAGGUCUGCCCCCCAGGUUCUCAUCCCAAGACCAUCAACCUCAUCGAUACUCCUGGACACCAAGACUUUCGUUUCGAAGUCGAUAGAUGUCUGCCGGUUCUCGAUGGAGCUGUCUGCAUCAUUGACUCGGUCAAGGGAGUCGAGGCACACACGGAGAGAGUUUGGUCCUCUGCUCAGGAGCACGCCAUUCCACGCGUAGUCUACGUCAAUAAACUCGACCGAGACGGCGCAUCCUUCCGCAAGUCGGUGCUCGAGGUAGGCACGCGGCUCAAUGGCUGGCCAUUGGUCUGUCAGAUCCCCUGGUGGGAAAAGGAGAACUUUGUCGGUGUCAUCGAUGUCGUCGAUCGCGUCGGCUACCGGUGGAAAACCGAGAAGCAGAAAAUCACGUAUCGGGGCGAGGCCUUGGACGAGGCUCUUGCGGGCAACAAAGCCCUUCUUGACGAGGUUGAGAUUGCGCGUGAGCGUCUCGUGGAGGGUUUGGCCGAGCUGGACGAACCGAUAAUGGACCUGUUCGCCGAGGACCCCGCAAAGAUCACAAACCAGGUCCUCAAGGAUGGCAUCCGUCGAGCCGUACGAAGAGGUGACGGCAAGGCGAUUCCCGUCUUUGCCGGGGCCAGCUUCCGACAUAUCGGCGUUGAACCCCUGAUGGACGCCAUCAUCGACUACCUGCCCAGCCCCGAUGAGAGGCCGGAUCUGCAUGUCCAGACUGGCGAGGGAAAGCAUAGCCUUGCAAAGCUUCUCCAUGAGCAUUCGGAGAAAAGGGGGAAGCACGCCAGGAUAGCGGCAGUCGCCUCCGUAUUCAAGGUUUUCAACCAUCCAACGGAGGGCAUGCUGAGCUUCGUCCGCGUCUACCAUGGCGAGCUGCACCGCAAUGCGGCCCCUUGGAACACACACGCCCUCGUUUCCGAGUCGCCACUCGGUCUGCUCCAAAUUUCAGCGGCCAAGACCGAGGUCGUACAACACUUGUCGACCGGCCAGAUCGGGGCCAUGAAGGGUCUGAAGAAGGCGCGCACGGGAGACACGUUGCUCGCUACCGUAGGGUCCAAAACGCUUCCCGAGGGCCUGAGGCACAUCCAGAUCCGGCCCCCCGAGAUCCCCCCCGCUGUUGCGUUCCUCGCCAUGGACCCCUAUGGCAACGUGGCCGCGCAGGAGCUGGAGACGCUCCUCGACCAAAUGUCACGCCAGGAUCCAAGCCUCAGGUGGAACCGCGACGAGAAAACCGAGCAAUUCAUUUUGCAGGGCAUGGGCAAACUGCAUCUCGAAGUAGCCUUGCAUCACCUGAAGCAGAAUAUGAAGGGCCAGGUCGACUUUGGCACCAUCGAAGUCGACUACAAAGAGUGUCUGACCACGUCCACGGACCCGCACACCCUCGUCUUUGACAAGCCCGUCGCCGGCAAGGCCGGCAAAGUCACCUGUACCGCCGUGCUCGAGCCCCUCGAGGACCAUCACCGCCAGUCCUCCCUCGAGCCGGACCUCGUUCGGGACGGGAACCACAUCCACAUCAUCAUUCCUCUCCCCGCCGACGGCAGCGAGCUCAGAUUCGAUACCCGCGAGGCCCGGCAGCAGAUGGUCAACGGUGUCGUGGCCGCCAUGGCGCGGGGACCCCGUCGCAGCGCCCCCGUCCAGGGAUGCCACGUCACCGUGACGGUCGACACGGACCCGUCGGGCCGUGGACGGCCAUGCUGUGGACACUGCUCAUGCUGCCUCUUGACCCUUCUUGCUCUGAACGACAAAGUAUUUUCCCGCAGUACGUUGCGCGGUGCCAAGGGGAUUCCAUGCCUCUGCCGUCUUUGCAUCUUGAUCCACAGCGGCCUUGUCGCCCUUGACACGCCUCGGCCGUUGUCGAUGUCCGAAGGCCACUUCCUUGUUCAAGGCCGACCGCAGCUCUGCGAGCCAUACCGUCGUCGCCACCCGCCCGCGAGCCGUCUCGUCCCGCAAAGCACGCAGCGGCUCGACACCCCUUGUGUCGACGGCCUGCACGUCGCGCACGAAGCGGAGACAUUAGCGGUCCCGAGAGGACGCCGGGGCAGAUCCAGCACGACAUCAGUUCUGGCGCCCGGCGGCCACGUGCUCGAGGUCAGCGACCGGUCGGCCGAAGGCAGCGCGAGCGCCAUUGACGCAGGGAGCAUUUACGCGCCGCCGGACCCCUACGACAGCGUGACGUCGCUGCGCGAGAAGAAGUCGACGCGCAUGGUGGAGAUUGUGGCCAAGGUGCCGUUCAAGGAGGUGCUCGACUUUGAUCAGCAUCUGCGGAGCAAGACGGGCGGGCGACACUCGAUGACCAUGGCAUUCGACAGCCUCGAUCGGGUCGUGGGACAGCGGGAGAAGACGCUGUAA